CUACAAUCAUUUCCAUCAGAGUUCACUCCUUCAUCAUCACUGUCACCGAAAUCAAUCUUCAAAACCAAUUACUGUUGAUUUCUUACACGCAAGUAAAGGAUCAUCAUCAACGAUUCACUUGCAAAAAGCAAAAUGAAGAAAACGACACAGGUGAAAAAAUCAAAGAACGUACAGGAAUUGCCAUCCUUCAGUAUCGGGCUGACACCGUCAGAUGAGGAUAAAAGGAAUGACACCGAUUCAUCAUCCAGUGGUGGUCAAAAACAUAAGCGAAAAACAGGAGAUGCAAAAGAUAAUGAAAAGAAGAAUAAAAAAAAGAAGGAACAUAAAAAGGGUGAUGAAAGCAUUGCUUCUCGUGGUCGUAAUAAGAAACCACAAAUAGAGGCACAAGAUUCCGAUGAGACAAGUUCGGAUGAUGAAAAUGAAAGGAAUGGUAAGAAAGUUUCUUGUGCUAUUGAAAAUGUGAAACAAGAUAUGGUGAAGAAAGAUUCUGAUGCAGAUGCAAGACUGAGGCAUAAGAUGAGUGUACCUAAGGUCUAUGACCUUAUGCAUUCAGUACAUGUCAAAAAAAGGAGAGACGAAAUAAUUGACCAACUAAACAACUGUGGCUUUGGAGGGAUGCUACAUAUCUGUAACUGGACAAGGAUCCACACCUUUUUUAUCGAUUGGGUUGUCAGAAGAUUUGAAAAGGAACAUAUGUGGAUAAGAUUGAGCGAUACGGAGGUCCUAGAGUUGAAAGAGGAUGAUGUGCAUAGAGUCUAUGAACUUCCAAUGGCUGGAAAGAAGAUAGACACUAAUCUUUGCUCUGAUGGAGCAAUUAGAAGGCUAAGGAAGGAAUUGGGAUUGACUGGAGAUUAUUCUCCAGUUGUGAAGGUUGCUGAAUUAGAAAGGAUACUGAAGACUACAGAAAAACCUAAAACAUGGGUGAAGGGUAUAAUUUGUUUCAUCAUUCAUAACAUUUUGUGCCCGACUAAUAAAGGCAAUGUGUCACUGCAGUAUGCAGAUAUUUUAGAAGAUCCAGCCGGUGUAUCUUCAUAUAACUGGUGCUCACAUGUUCUAGACUAUAUGAAAAAAGGCCUGCAAUCUCCAGGAGUUUUAAAUCCAUUAGCAGAUUUCCACUUCCUAAUGAUUAACUACAUGGAUAAAAUGGGGAAACGAAGCCCAUUUUUGACGGGCAAAUACAAGCGGCCACCCCUUCGUGAUUGGGAUGUCAAGGCGGCAAACCAGGAACUUGCCAAGAUCCAUGAUAUCAUGGGGCUUGAAAAUGGAUUGACAGCUGAUCGUGGGACGCGACAAUGA